AGCAACGCAGUUAUUCAGUCAAAAUGAUGACGCACCGGAUGCGGAAAAGGUGAAUUCCCUUUUGAUUAAUGCUUGUGCGAGUUGUGGUUAGGAGGUUGAUUCGAAAGACUAACGUGAGGGAUCGGCGCUGAACCAGUCAAGUUUGUCAGUGUCAAGUGGGGUACAUGUACAUUUGAUGUAAAUACGUGUAGUCAACAAAUAACAGUAGUUUAGUCGGAAUGGAUGCACGUAGUAGGGAGAAGCUGUGUUAUCACUACGAUGCUAUUGCUGCAGAGCUGAACACGGAGGAUGUCCUGCUCUACUUGAACGGGACAGUCCUCUCCACUUUCGAGUGUGACAAGAUCUCAGCCUGCCGGAUCAAGAAGGAUCGAGCCAAGGCCUUACUGGACAUCCUGGUGACCCGGGGCCCGCUGGCCUACCAGCACUUCCGCUACGCACUGAAGGAGUGCUACCCACACCUGGUAGCGAAACUGGACACAGAGUGCGCCGUCCCAGAGGAGGACAGCAGCCAGCACCCCAAGAAGAUUGCCUUCAGGCGACGAGACUCGCUCAUCCUGAACCUGAAAACUGACGACAUCCUGGCCAUCUUGGAGAAAGGCGGCACCCUCAGCAAGGAAGAUUGCAAUCAAGUCCGAGCGGGAAUGACCAAGGAGGACAAGGCCAGAGUGCUGGUCAACAUGAUCCCGGAGCGCGGACCAGCAGCGUACAGGCAGUUCAAGCUGGCAGUCAAGGCGCACCAACCCAAGCUUGCAGAUUUAUUGGAGUGAGCCGAUUAUAGGAGGGCAUGCUUCUAAGCUUGUGAAACCCCUCAAUGCAUUUUUCUUUGUGUUUGACAUUUAGUAUCAAAUGCAUUCAUUGUCACAGGUCUAACUCUUGAAAAUACAUAUCAAAUUUUCAGUGUUAAGUUCCAGCUGGCAAGUUUUAUACAGUACCAGUAGCCAAAGUUUUGGUGAAAUGCACUCAAUUGCAGCCAGUCACAUUUUUAUGCAGUCAGUGAUAAAAGGAGUUUACAAGUUUGUAAACAUUCAUGAUUUGGCACGAGUGGAAACUGGAGGCUGGAACUCCAAGUCUGUUAGCCUAGCUCAGCUACCCCUUCAGUCCAUCAAAAACCCAUCAGGAGGAAGGUUUUACCGUGAACUUUAGCAUGGUUAGGACAUCCUGUUGGCUGUUCUGGAUACCAGAUUUUGGUAAAUAAAUGCAUGUGAAAGUUGGAAACUCCAGUGACUUGGGUGCCUAUUCCUUAGUUCACAGGGGUUUGGCACUCUGUAUUCUGAUGUCAUCUAAAGCCUUGAACAGGAGACUGUAGGGAUGCUGCAGGACUGAGGAAGUUUCAUUCUGGGCAAUCCAGAAGACAACUUCCCAGUACAGAUUCGUUGGUUAGGGGGAACAAGAACACUCUCAGACUUAGAAAUUUUGCCAGUUGAUCCUUCACUCUGUUUCAAAAUAAAUACAUGCAUAAUUUUCUUAUCCUGUUCUCAUUUUGAAUACAAGGAUUCGUCCAAGGGUUUCGCAGCAUUAUACAAAAUCAUUACAUUUUCAAAAAGCAUUCAAAAAAAUAUAUAACCAUGCAAAGCACAGCACAAGCAAAAAUGAAAUUAGCAUAUGUCUACCAAACUCAAUUUUAAUAUUAUUAUUUUUUUUUUUUAAAUAAAACAUCGAAUUUCUACUUCUGUCCUGAUGGCAUAUUUUGUGUGUGAAUGAAUUGGUAAUCUGUCAAAUUUGUUUUUACCAAAAAACUUUUAAGUUUCAAGAAUGAAGUUUCUUAUUCAAAUAUAUACUUACUUUUACAUUCUUGCAUACAUGUAGUUUUCAUUUUACUUGAACAUUCCUCUAAGUCAUGUGUGAAACAGGGAGAACACAGAUUCAAGCUUUUAAAAUGACACUUAAACUAGAAAUCAGCACUUAAAGUAAGAAAUGUACUGAGGAGUUUGUAUUUCUAGAUUACGUACAAAUCGCUAUCAAUGUCUUUGUUUUAAAGCUUUUGUAAAUUACAUGUACGUGGGUAAGAAGGUACAUGUAUUGAAAUGGCUCCCAGAGAUGUUGUGGGAGUAACCUUCAUGUCAAAGGUUGUUGUAAACACAAGGAAUAUUGACUUGUGAAAUUCAGAAUGUACAGAUAAGCUACAACUAAACAUUUUUGAGGCUGUUUUUCAUGUACAAGUACAUGUACUUAAAAGUGCUUUUUAAAAUUUGUUGUAUCUGGCAGUGCCUGGCCAUUAUCUUACGAGUACAAUGAGUUCCUCUGAGCAGCUCUUGUGUAAAGAGUGUACCAUUGCAAUGUACAUGUACAAAGUGGCUGGUGCCUUUAUUGUUCCAAGUGGCAAGGCAGUCGUUGACCUUUUUAUGUCAAAAAGGAGUUUUCGGAGGAAACCCUCAAGCGUUUGGAGUACCGUUUUAUUCUAGUGCCUUCAUUGUUGGAAGUUCAGUCAUUGAACUGAUCUUGAAAGAGGUUGUGCUUUGGAGUUGUUCAGGAGAUCCUUCCAAAGUAUUUUGAGUAACAGUUUUAUUCAACUUUAGAAAAAACCUACCUGUUCGGUUUUGCUGUGCGUUAACGAAGCUGUGCCUUGACUGUAUGUGUUUAUAUUUUCGCCAUUUUAUUAAUAUAAAUGCUACAAGUGUGUUCUAAAAUGUAAACAGAAUGGACUGUUUUAAAUCUUAAUUUGACACUGUGAUGUAUAUUUAAAACCUUUAAAAUUUGUAAUGGGUGACAACCGUGACAUACUCUCUUAUUUUAUUGUGGUAUGGUAUAGUGGUAGUAGUAUUGAAAUAUUUGAACUGCCACAGGUGGCGCUUUCCAUCCUUUUUCCAAGGAUGUAGGUUGUAGGUCUUCUGGUUUAUUUAUUCAUGACUAUCUGUAACUUCUAUUGAAUGGUAUAUCAAAAGUAUACAUGAAUUCUUCGAGAGGGUUGAGCACUUCUGGAUCAGGGUAUAAUUUAUUUUUCAACUGACCGUUUCACGUCAAUAUUUCCCAAAUACUUGCCACUGAGAAUACUAUUUUGUAUACUGCACAUACCACACUAUAGUAUUCAGUGAUACAUGAAUAUCAGAAUACAUCUACAUCUACCUGUUCUUGUUUGCAACACUAUAGCGUUCAGGUACAUGUAUCUGUUCUUAGGUUACCAUAAAUGGUUAUUCCCUGCCCCGUGACUCGUACAUUGACAAGAGGUGGUGUCCAUAGUGAAAUUUGUUGAUACUAUUGUGAUGGUCAUGCGUGAGUGAUUUCUUUUAACCGCGUUUGUCUGACGGUGGGUUUAUACCAUAAAAGAGGCUCGUUAUUUAUCAGUAUAGAUUAGUGUUCACUGUGCAGCCUCUGUGAUAAUAACUUUUAGAGCUAAAUUUCCUAUAUAGGCCGUAUCCGAAACACUUGACUGUGGCUAAAGUACGCCUGAGUCUUCGGUUGUGGCUGCAGCCAUUUCCCCUGAGGUGUGUGUUAUUUCAAGCCAUGGCCAAGUACUUCGGACGCAGCCAGCCUUAGCAGGUCUAUAAAAUUAGGUCCUGGUUAAAGUUGACUUUUGAGCUGCCCUCUCUUGUCACUUUCAAGACAGAGCAAUGUUUUUUCGUACAGCAGGGUAUAAUUUUCUGAAGAUACUAAGCACCUGGAUAUUUUUAAGCACAGAAACAGUGAGCUGAGCUGAAUCAAAUUGCAUGAUACGUGACAAAAUGCCAUGCCGUGCUGUUUGCUACAGUGUAAGUUCCCAGCUUAUGCUUUGUUCAUACCUGGCGCGAAAGCGAACCACGCACCGCGAAAUUCUGACGUCAGAUUAAAUAUUCAUGGUGUUAGUUCGCAAAAUGUUCACACUUUUCAACGUUUUCUGAAGUACAAACUGGUCUUAACGUAUAUGAAAUGUAAUAAGGAACAUUCCCUGUGGAACUUGUGUAAAAUUUUCCUUGAAAUUUUUUCUGACGUGCGCACAGACCAAGAAGAAAUUUAACACUAAGUGGCACCAUUAACUGGCUAUCUGUUUCUUUGUAUUUAUAUUAUGGACUGUGGAUUUAAAGUAAAUCUAUAGUCCUGUGUAUUCUCCUAUAAUCUGGUUACAAACUUCUAACUGCAAUGCAGUUUAUAUCCGUGUGUAAGUUUUCGUCACCUUUUAGUGCAGUCCUACUCUUAAACAAGAUAUAUACAAGAUAUAUUCCUAAGCCGUACAGCUGAACACUUGCAUGUAUACUAAUUGGAAAUUACACAGAUAUUCCUUGUUUGAAAUUUCUAGCGAAUAUGAUAAAAUGCAGUGUGGUCAUAUUACCAAUGCAGCUGCUGGCGUAUGUUUGUGAACAUGUACCUAUCUAAAGCAUUCCUUUAAGAUUUACCCAGAGUGAAGAAUAUUGCCCGAGUAUUUCGAGUCUAUUACAUGUAUGUGCUAGUAUGAUGCUGCAUGCCUGUUGAAAAUAACAUUUAGGUCAGGUUUACUAGUAGGCCCUAGCGCGUGUGUGCUUUAUUUUCCCAUUUCUAAAUUUAGAACAUGGAUUGCAAUGUUGACGCCUUUUUUUCUGGACUCGAUACCGUAGCAUAUUUAAGCUCAUUUUUCCUCAAAAAAUGUGUGUUGGAUAAUAAUAAAACGAUCUACACAGAUAAAUUUGACCAAUGAA